GUCUUCUUAGCCAAUCAGAGAGGCGAAGAGGGCCCACCGCCUGCCAAUAGACUGCAAGAUCAGGGCCCGCGACGGUUAAACGGGGCCCAAGGCAGGGGUGGCGGGUCAGUGCUGCUCGGGGGCUUCUCCGUCCAGGUCCCUGGAGCUCCUGGUCCCUGGAGCUCCGCACUUGGGGGCGCAACCUGCGUGAGGCAGCGCGACUCUGGCGACUGGCCGGCCAUGCCUUCCCGGGCUGAGGACUAUGAAGUGUUGUACACCAUUGGCACAGGCUCCUACGGCCGCUGCCAGAAGAUCCGGAGGAAGAGUGAUGGCAAGAUAUUAGUUUGGAAAGAACUUGACUAUGGCUCCAUGACAGAAGCUGAGAAACAGAUGCUUGUUUCUGAAGUGAAUUUGCUUCGUGAACUGAAACAUCCAAACAUCGUUCGUUACUAUGAUCGGAUUAUUGACCGGACCAAUACAACACUGUACAUUGUAAUGGAAUAUUGUGAAGGAGGGGAUCUGGCUAGUGUAAUUACAAAGGGAACCAAGGAAAGGCAAUACUUAGAUGAAGAGUUUGUUCUUCGAGUGAUGACUCAGUUGACUCUGGCCCUGAAGGAAUGCCACAGACGAAGUGAUGGUGGUCAUACCGUAUUGCAUCGGGAUCUGAAACCAGCCAAUGUUUUCCUGGAUGGCAAGCAAAACGUCAAGCUUGGAGACUUUGGGCUAGCUAGAAUAUUAAACCACGACACGAGUUUUGCAAAAACAUUUGUUGGCACACCUUAUUACAUGUCUCCUGAACAAAUGAAUCGCAUGUCCUACAAUGAGAAAUCAGAUAUCUGGUCAUUGGGCUGCUUGCUGUAUGAGUUAUGUGCAUUAAUGCCUCCAUUUACAGCUUUUAGCCAGAAAGAACUCGCUGGGAAAAUCAGAGAAGGCAAAUUCAGGCGAAUUCCAUACCGUUACUCUGAUGAAUUGAAUGAAAUUAUUACGAGGAUGUUAAACUUAAAGGAUUACCAUCGACCUUCUGUUGAAGAAAUUCUCGAGAACCCUUUAAUAGCAGAUUUGGUUGCAGACGAGCAAAGAAGAAAUCUUGAGAGAAGAGGGCGACAAUUAGGAGAGCCAGAAAAAUCGCAGGAUUCCAGCCCUGUAUUGAGUGAGCUGAAACUGAAGGAAAUUCAGUUACAGGAGCGAGAGCGAGCUCUCAAAGCAAGAGAAGAAAGCUUGGAGCAGAAAGAACAGGAGCUUUGUGUUCGUGAGAGACUAGCAGAGGACAAACUGGCUAGAGCAGAAAAUCUGUUGAAGAACUACAGCUUGCUAAAGGAACGGAAGUUCCUGUCUCUGGCAAGUAAUCCAGAGUCUCACUUUGUUGCCCAGGCUGGAAUGCAGUGGUGUGAUCACAGCUCAAUGUAGCCUUGGCCUCGUAGGCUCAAGUAAUCCUCCCACUUCAGCCUCCUGUGAUGGAGUCUCACUCUGUUGCCCAGGAUGGUCUUGAACUCAUGGGCUCAAGCAAUCCUCCCACCUUGGCUGGGAUUACAGGUAUGAGCCAUUGCGCCCAGCCCUUUUAUGACCUAUUUCUUUAUGAAUAUGGCUUGUCUGUUCAUUACUGAUAUAAUUAUGCAACUUUCAUUAGUAUAUAUAAAUGUUUAUGCUUGCACAAAAAUGUAUGUUAUUAUUGCCUAUUUUAUUGCAUAAAGUGACCUAUGAAGUAUUCUGUGUUUUCAUAUGUUUCUCAAAUAAAUUCCCUUUAAAAAUGUAAAUACAUGUAAAUGUAAAAAAAAGUAAAUAACUAUCUUUUAAAGAAUUUUUAAAUUAUAUUUUCCGGAAUUACAUUUUUGGAAUUCUGCUCUUUCAGGAUUAUGAUUUUCAGGUUUUAGACUUUACGGAUUUUGACCUUUUGGGACUUCAGGAUUAUGACAUUCGGGAUUAUGGCAUUAAAAAUUGUAUCUCCUGGGACUAUGAUCGGCUCCCAAUGUCAAUAGUGCCACUUUUGAGAAACCUGAUCUAAGCUCAAACUUGUUGGGACAUAUCUCAGCCUUGAAGGAAAGUUAUUUUGGAUUUUGAUGGAUAUUUAAAUAUGUAUAUAUCUGACUUUUAGUAUAAAUUAGCAGUCUAUGCUGUGCCUUUUCCUUUGUGAGAUUUUCCUGGCAAUGCUAGUCCUUUUAGCUUAAUGAAAGAAGACCAAGUUUUAAAGGGUUAACAAUAAAUGAGAGGAAAUAGCUCCUUUAUAUAGGUAGGAUUAUUACACAGCUGGCAGCAUAGUUCCAUCAAGUACAAAUGAUACUAUCCAAACACAAUCAGAAACUGAUUACCAGACCUUUAAUCCUAACAGAAUCACCUUGACAUGAAUGUUGAGUAUAACUCCUGGCCAGCUAUAAAAUUUGCAAGACCCAGUGCCAAAUGGUAAUGUGGGACUCUUGUUCGAAAAGCAGGAAACAAGUACCCUGAAAGGUACCUACAAUGCUUUUCUCUUUCUUCCAAGGUUUCUCUCUCUCUCUUUCUCUGCUUAUUGUGAUGUUAUUUGCUAUUUAAUAUUCUAAGUGAAGAAAAAUUAAAAAUUUAAAUGAUU